AAGGUAUCGUCACUGUGCAGCUGCCAGCAAUUAGACGCGAAUUCCAAGGAAACCUCCCCAUCGUGAAAUGCUUCAAUAAACCACGAAAGUAUCGAAUCCUUCCAACCAUCGACCAAACUUCUCGCUACGGGGUCUAGAGCCCUACGAACUCCCGUAAGAUGACCCGCGACAUUCGGCAGCGGGCGCUGGAGAAGAUCGCGUCGCUCUCUGCUGCCAGCUCGCGUACGUCGUUCGACCGCUCUGAUCUCGACCGAUUGUGCAAGGCAACCCAGGCUGCUGGGAAGGGCGUCAAUGGCUAUUCUGGAAAGCAGAACUUGUCGUCUCUCGGGAGAUGUCCCAUGACAAUUCGCGAAUUCGAGGUCCUCCUAUCGCUAUGCAAAGCCGCGCCCGCUAUUCAGACGAGCCAGAGCGCCCAGAAGCUUGCCCAUCAACUGAUUCCCUAUAUUCUCGAGGCCCACGUCCAGGUGUUUGUUCCGUCGCCCUUCUUCCGAAAGGUUGAGCCAUCACCGACGGAGGCACUGGCAUUCCACAUCACGGCCGCGCUACUGUCUCUCGGCUCCCACUACGAUGAUCUGUACGAGAUGAUUUCCGACAACAUCUGGGCAUUCGUCAAUGCCUGCGAUCAUGCGGUGGAUCACACUGUCCCACCUCAAGCGGACGACGAAGACCCAAACUUGGAGGACGCUAUCAGGACAGCUACAAUUGCAGUCUCGCUGCUUGGCUUCCUUGAUGCGGCAUCCGCCCAAGCAGACUUCUGGAGGGCUGGAGGUAGACUGGCACUGGUUCAGCGGUUCAGAGAUAUCCUCUCAGAGUCGUUCUUGGUUGCUGUCGAGACGGCUUUUUCUACCAUCAGGAACUCACAGUCCUCAGAUCGCCAUGCCAGAGAGUGGAAGAGAUACUUGCGCCACUACUCUGCUGCUGGGCGACCCCUGGGAGCUAUCUUGCUUCAAAGAAGUUACAUGUGGCUCCUUGUCUCGGGCACCUCGCUUUUGGUUACUGACGCAUCCCUCUUGCGCGGCACCCACAUCCUCGACUUGCUCAUGUCAGGCGAUGGGGCUUUCAGACCAGGCUCUCCACGCAGUCCUGACGCAGACUAUAGGUCCCUCGACAUGUACACCACAGUAGCCGUUGAUCAGAUGAACUAUCUCGAAGCCGGCGAAGACUACCUCAAGCUUGGGUCCUCUUGGCAGCAGAGACUGGCGUUUGCAGUCAAAUCGGCAGCUCUCAUCAGCUAUCUCAAUUGCUCGCUCAUGAACGAGGAUGUUGCAGACGUCGAUGUCUUGAUUAAUUGGCUGGAGGAGACCCUUGCAGACCCUCUCGAAAUGGCGGAUGAAAACCUGGCGGCAACUGUCUUGAGAUCGAUUGCCUUGGUCUGCAAGAUCUCCAGGGGAUACGCUGCAACCGCCAGUAGACUGCUGCCUCGUUUUAUUGUGCAGAGCGCGCCCAACGCUCGCACCGUUGCGGUCGCUUCCAAGAGUCUGGCGUUUGUUCUACAGCUCCUUUCUCAUGACGCUGUCAUCACAACUCUCUACACCUUGGGUAACGUUCUCAGCCCUGGCUCCGACAGAUCCAUGACGAACGGCACCAAUGGUGAUCUCGCCGUGGAUGCUGCUGCAACGUUAUACCCAAAUCGUCAUUCGACCGGCAGCAGCAUCUCCUUGGCCAUCACCGGCGAGGAAGAAACCGCAAUGGUGUAUGGCAACGUCGUCCAAGCCAUCUGUGGCAUUGCGACUGCUUGCAAUGACGAGAAGAUCACAGCCUUGGCGCAGUCCAUGCUGCUUCAGAAAAUUGACAAGGUCAACAGCAGUGUCGAUGCUCAAAUCGUCAGUGGUGCUGCCGCUCUCGCGUUGAAGGGCGGACAGCUUGAGUUCCGAUCGCUAUUGAAGGUGUUCUCUAGAAUUUGUCAUAUUGGGGUUGUCGGCCACAAGGACUUCCUUCUGGUUGCUGUCAUGAAGGCGCGUACAUACAUCUCAGCGAACCUCCACCGUGGAUCUCCCCUUUAUGAUAUUUACUGGGAGCAUCUGCUGGAGAGCAUCAUUUCCAUGGGCGACGUUCACCAGUCGAACCACACCAAGGAGGCCGAUGUUCAGCUGGCUGCCCGAGAGAUUGCGGAGCUGCUGCAUCCCUUGGCUGUCUUCAUGUCCACCAACGAUCUGGCAUUCAAUACUAUUACUGAUGACGAGUCGCACUCAAUGAUCAGAGAUGCUUGGUUCAACAUUGUUGUCCACGGCUUCACUACGCAGACCGACAUGGGCAAGACCUAUCUCAACGAGCUUCGAAUCAUGGCCGUUCACUCGCCCCCCUUGGUUGCCGAACAACGAGGGGAGCAAAUUGAGAGUGACAUUGAGCUUAAUACCGUCCUACGCCGAGGCAUGAGCUCCGACAGAGAGUCGCUGCAGAAGAGACAUCUCACAGAGCUGAUUCCUAACAAGGCUACGGAAAUCAAGGGAUUGAGUUACCGCAAGGUUAUCUUUUUGCACGCCGCUUACUUGGUUGAGAGUCUCCGAGCGGAUGCUGGAGACUGUACCAAGGCUCUCUCCUACUUCUUGGAGCCCAGCAUGCGUAGAGGAGAGGUCAGUAGUACUAUGGAGGGCAUUGCUGCCGCUGUAGUGGACAAGUAUUUACGUAAGACUCUGGGCGGUACGGAUGCCACCUUCUCUGCUCAGUAUGCUGCCGCACAGCUCGUUGCCAUCUUCUGUGGCUGCUGUCAUCGGAUCGAGCGAGUUCAGCAAGCAGCCUUUACCUGUGCGGACCGCAUCAUCACUCAGGUUCCUUCUGCUCUCUGCCACAGAUCAUCGCUCUUCGCCUUGCUGGAACUUCUUUCUCUGAUGUGGUCGAGCUGCUUGGAAGCCGAAACAGAUCUGUACGCACCACGAUCCAAAUUCACCUCUAGCCUCGGAGACGUGUCCGUCGAGCUAUCCGACGAUUACACAUUCCGCCGCCAUACCCUGGACGUUCUGAAUCGCAGGGCCAAGCAAUGGGUCUCGAGCGUUAUCAGCAUAGCACCCCUAGACAUCAAGGGUCUUCUACAGACGUACUUGUCCGAGUUUGACGACGAAGGAGCUUACGGCCACAUCUCUUUGGGUCGCUCCUUCGCUAUCGAGCUUGGCUCUCUUAUGCCGUCAACCGACCAAAGACUGCAGUCUCUCGAUCGGGUCGGAGAAUGCAGCAUCAACACUGGAUCUGACUUUGUUGCCCAGUACACCACUCGUCAAGAGUACCGAUAUGGCGAGACUCUCCCCGAACGUGGCAACGAACUGGUCAAUUUCAUGCAAUUGAACCGUAGAGCGUCUUUCUUGCAGUCGUCGGGAUCGAGUGCCAGUGACAGUGCAAACGCCGCCACCGCCCUGGCGCAUGUCGAAGCCCGCAUCAAGAGCAAGAAGACCACCGCUCUUAAUGAAGUCCGCGAUAUCCUGCGCAGAGCUGCAGCUCUGCUUUGCCGCAGCAAUCGCGAUGAGUCUGCUGUUGCACAUUACCUCGUCAGCAUCCCCUUUGCCAUGUUCACAAAGCAAUCUAUUAAGCUCGGUGUCUCGUUGUGGUUGGGCGUGAUGAACGAGAAUCCACAUCUUGAGCCUAGACUUCUUACCGAAAUUGCCCAACAAUGGGAGGCGACCAUUCAGAGCGGUCUCGGGCUGUUUAGCCAUGCCAUGUCGCACCCUGACCCUUUCUUUCUGAAGGAAGAGUUCGCGCCCAGUGAUCUUGAGGCCUUGGCCAAACGCAAGCAGCAGGUGCACAACCUGCUGUCACCCCACAUGAGGCUGCUGCAAUUCUUCGCUAGCCACUUUAAUGCCACCCGCUUGGGUAGCCCGGAUGUCCAACGAGUCUUCCUGCGCAUGCUUGAUGUCACUCUGGAUGCUGUGCGAUCAUCGACGCCUCACCCGAUGGCACGAGAACUGCGGUUUCAGAUUGUAUUGUUCGGACUGAAGGUGCUGCAUGUCUGUACCACCAUUGGUGCCAUCGCGCAAUGGCGGUUCAAGGAGAAGAUCUUGUCUGCCGCACUCAGCUGGUUCCGUUACGCUCCAAGAUGGUCUUUCGGUAGCAACAUCCUGCAACUGAAGACGGAACUUCGUCUCUUGACCGACAUCGUGGCGGCAUUGAAGCAUGUUGCAUUCAUCGGAGCAAACGCUGCAGACACGAUCAAGUCCCUGCAGGCCAAGGAGCAACUUCUCGUUUUCCUCCUUGAAAGCGAACAAACGCGUUUGUCGGUGUGGGUCCACCCACUCGGCGAGCCCACCAAGGCUCACGGACAAGCGAAUAAGGCUGCUAUCGAGACUGCCCUCGCACCCCUCAUUCGUGUUGCCUGGGCCGAGGACCCGUCUAUUGCUGUUGAAUUGGUCACUCGAUUCCCCUAUCCCCGUGUCCAACGCGAGGUGAGAUGGCUGUUGAUCAACUUCCCGCAGAAGGCCAUCUCCGAGCCGGAGGGUCUUCCUAUUCUUCUGGGUGGCUCUUUGCCCAACGAUGUUAGCUUCCAACUGAAGUACCUGUUGUUCUGGUCGCCGGUGAACCCGAUCACGGCUGCCACGUAUUUCCUGCCUGCGUAUCGGAACCAUCCUUUCCUUAUCCAGUACGCAAUGAGGGCAAUGGAAAGCCACUCUAGCGAUACGCUGCGCUACGACGCGCUGGGCUAUGUGGAACGGUACAUCCUGGAGACCGCUCAAUUUUCGCAGCUGUUCGCGCAUCAGAUCAUCUGGAACAUGAAGGCAAACGCCUACAAGGAUGACGAUGCAACUAUCCCUGACGCAAUCAAGCCUACACUCGACAAGGUUAUGGAAAAGAUGGUUGCAAGCUUCUCUGAUGUGGACAGGACGUUCUACGAGCGAGAGUUCGCCUUCUUCGACGAGGUCACUGACAUUUCGGGCAAACUGAAGCCAUAUGUCGGCCGACCCAAGCCGGAAAAGGCACAGAAGAUCGAGGAGGAACUGCGCAAGAUCAAGGUUGAGAUUGGCGUCUACCUUCCUAGUAACCCUGAUGGUGUCGUGAUUGGCAUCGAUCGCAAGUCCGGCAAGCCUCUCCAGAGUCACGCCAAGGCGCCCUACAUGGCAACGUUCCGCAUCAAGAAGAACAAGGGCAGCCUAGAGGAUGUUAAUGACAUGCUCGAGGAUGUUCACAAGAAGGACUCGCCGCCGGCGCAGGAAAACACCAUUGAAGUGUGGCAGUCUGCCAUUUUCAAGGUCGGCGAUGACUGCAGACAGGACGUGCUUGCCCUGCAGAUGAUUGCGGCGUUCCGAGGCAUCUUCCACAACGUCGGCCUGGAUGUCUACGUCAACCCUUACCGCGUCACGGCCACGGCCCCUGGGUGCGGUGUCAUUGACGUGCUGCCCAACUCCGUCUCCCGCGACAUGCUCGGCCGUGAGGCCGUCAACGGCCUCUACGACUACUUCAUCUCAAAGUACGGCAACGAAGACUCGCUCCGCUUCCAGCAGGCCCGCAGCAACUUUGUCAAGAGCAUGGCCGCCUACUCCAUCAUCUCCUUCCUCCUGCAGUUCAAGGACAGACACAACGGAAACAUCAUGAUUGACGACGCGGGCCACAUUCUGCACAUUGACUUUGGCUUCUGCUUCGACAUCGCACCCGGAGGCAUCAAGUUCGAGCGCGCGCCUUUCAAGCUGACGACGGAGAUGCUGGCCGUCAUGGGCGGCAGCCCGCACCACCAGGCCUUCAAGUGGUUCGAGGAGCUGUGCGUAAAGGCCUUCCUCGCGUCCCGCCAGCACUGCGAGAAGCUCAGCCAGAUUGUUCUGCUCAUGAUGGACUCUGGCCUGCCGUGCUUCAAGCCCGAGAGCGUGCAGCACUUUAAAGAGCGCUUCGUGCUGGAGCGCAGCGAGCGCGAGGCGGCCGACUUUGUCAAGGACCUCAUCCGCAGGAGCGCAAACAGCUACUCGACCGGUGUCUAUGACCAGUUCCAGCUGCUCACCAACGGCAUUCCCUACUAAUCUGGGCUUGCUUGCGCAUGAGAUCGAGGAUGAAAGGGGGCAGGAGGACAAGAAAGAGGGAGGGAGUCUUACUUUGUUUAGUUUAGAAUUUUUGUUCAUGGCCCUUAUGUUGAUUCGCCGCUGCCGCCUCUAUAGAAUCCUAAUCCUGGCUUGAGAUAUUGAAUGCGGUUCCUCGCGCCGCACGCCGCUCCGUCGCACCAACAGCACCACACGUCUGUGCAGUGAUUUGUUGCGCAGACAGGGACCUUCUCCGUCCUUUAGCAGAAUCCGUAGUCGUAAUAAUAAUCAUAUAAAUGAGGUUGAUGAAUGGUUUUGGUUCUGUUUUCGCUCAACUUUGCGCCACAUCGCCGCCAUCCCUAACAUAUCCUGCUUGCUACUUGCGGUCCUUUGUCUUUCCUACCCCAUUUAUCCCUCCGGCCUCCCCCUGCGCUAUACUUCCUUGUCGUCGAUCGACAAUCCAGAAAUUCAAAAAAAAAAAAAAAAAAAAA